CUUCGGGAAAAGGCAAUAAUUUGCUCCGUGGAGCACACACGGGAGCAACAUUUAGAAAGUAGGAGGACUCGCCAUUGCUCGCAAUUUAUGUAGUCUUGAAAGAUUUGCUUUUACGCUUCCUUCGGACAUAAUGUUGCUUUGACCACGAGAUGCCUUAAGAAUGUGUCCAGAAUGCUGAAGCCAUGACGGAUCGCCCAGGUCUGAGCUUGCGGCAGCAGCGACCCAGCCAUCCCGAUCUUUCUCAUCGCCCCCCGCACACCCUCCUUGCUCGCAGACACCUCGCCACAGCCUGAGUAGAGCCUACCACCAUCCCCAAGCCCCUGUCCCUCAACCCCACUCGGGUGGAAGGCGAGCCCUCCCACGUGGAAUUAUGCCUGGAUGGAGGUCCCAGUGGCGUCUGGUGCUACUCAACCUGCUGACAUGUGGUCUAGAGAUCUGUGUGGCGGCUGGGAUCACAUACGUUCCACCCCUGCUUCUGGAGGCUGGCGUAGAGGAGAAGUACAUGACCAUGGUGCUGGGUAUCGGUCCUGUCCUGGGCCUCCUCUUCAUCCCCCUGAUCGGCUCAGCAAGUGACCGCUGCAACAGCAGCUACGGCCGACGCCGUCCUUUCAUCUGGCUGCUGUCGCUGGGCGUGCUGCUGGCUCUGCUCAUCAUCCCCCACGCCGACGUGCUGGCCACCCGCCUCAGCUGGGGCGCCACCCGUCCCAGCCGGGCCCUGCAGGUGGGCCUACUCGUCGUGGGCGUGGGUCUGUUGGACUUCUGCGGGCAGGUUUGCUUCACGCCGCUGGAAGCGCUGCUCUCCGACCUGUACCGCGAGCGCGACGACUGUGCCCAGGCUUUCGCCACCUUCUCCUUCAUGGUGAGCCUGGGGGGCUGUGUGGGCUACCUGCUGCCCGCGCUCGACUGGAGCGGGGGCCUCCUCGCCUUCUACCUGGGUGGCCAGGCAGAGUGCCUCUUCGCCCUCCUCAUCAUCAUCUUCGUCAUCAGCGUGUUAGUCACCAUGAAGGUGUCGGAGGAGGCCCCACGCGGGCUGGCCACACCUGACGACCGGCCGGCGGAGAGCAGGCCAUGCGGGCCGUGUGGUCCUCGCGCUUGCUGCUACGUGGUCCGAUGCAAGCUCCGCCUCCUGAGGGCCAGCCCGCUGCUGUGCCUGCUCAGAAGCUGCUGGUCCAUGAGCCCAGCGAUCUACCGGAGCUACUGCCACGUGCCGCGUGUCAUGCGGCAGCUGUGCGUGGCUCAGCUCUGCAGCUGGAUGGCCGUCAUGUCAUUCAUGCUGUUUUAUACGGACUUUGUGGGCGAGGGGCUGUAUGAAGGUGUGCCCAGUGCCGCGCCGGGCACUGCACCCAGACAGCAGUACGAUGAAGGAAUCCGCAUGGGGAGUCUGGGAUUGUUCCUGCAAUGUGCCACCUCCACGGUCUUCUCGUUGAUCCUCAGCAGGCUGGUGCGUGCGUUCGGCUCCAGGCGGGUCUACGUGAGCAGCAUGGUCUCCUUCACUGCUUCCGCGCUGGUCAUCUGCCUGUCCAAAAGUGUGCUGCUGGUCACAGCCAUGUCCGCCCUCACGGGGUUUGCCUACGCUGUCCUGCAGACGCUGCCGUACACUCUCACCUGCCACUACCACAAAGACAAGGAGGUGUACAUGCAAACCAGCAAAACCAAAAAGACGCACAAGAAGGGGCUGAGUGUCGCUCAUGAGACUGCGUGUCUCAUGCUAGAGGAUGACAUGGGUGAUCUAAGCCUCAAAAGCGGACCCACCAAUGGCCACACCUCCUAUAGCCAGCACACCCCAGAACACUACCCCUCUCAGAAUGGUACGGUCCCUGGUCCGGAAGCAGAUGAUUAUGACAAACGAGGGGUGGGUUUGGAUUUUGCCAUUCUAGACAGCACCUUCCUGCUCUCUCAGGUCUUCCCCACACUCUUCAUGGGCAUGAUCGUCCAGUUCACAGAGUCUGUCACUGCCUACAUCGCUUCAUCUGCCGUUUUUGGUGCAGUUGGUGUCUAUUUUGCCACGCAUGUCAUCUUUGACCAAAACGACUUUGAAGGCUGAAAGAAUACAUCUGAUGGAAGGAUUUAAGAUACAAUAUUACAUUGUCCUCCUUCACCAAGUUCACAAGCUUUUGCCUUAUGACGUGUGAGUGUGUGUGAGUGUGUGUGUGUGUGUGUGUGUGUGUGUGUGUGUGUGUGUGUGUGUGUGUGUGUGAGAGAGAGAGACAGAGAGAACAUUUAAUAGAAAAUGGCAUUCUGUAAAAGCAUGCAAUACAAAAGUAUGCUCUGUAACAGUUUACGAGGUGCCAGAACAACAAAACUGGUCAAAGGCAAAAAUGUUACAUCAUAAAA